AUGUCUGCUCAGGCGACGACGCCCAACAUCUCCAGCGCAAUGCAGCCAAACAACGCAGCGGCCGAUCUGAAGCCCCAGGGUGAAGCUGCAGCCAAAGUCAAGCCCUGCUGCGUCUGCAAAGAGGAAAAGUCGGCCCGCGACGAAUGCAUGCUCUUCUCGAAAUCCAGCGAUCCACAGGACGCCUGCAAGGACCUUGUGGGCAAGUACCGGAGUUGUAUGGCGAGCUUUGGGUUCAACAUCGCGUAA